AUGAGCGUGGAAAGGCAUCGGUGUGCAAAGGAAAUAUGUGGAUCUAUCCGCUUACCAUCUUUAGUAUGUGAGCAUGCUUAUUCACUUGCACAAAAUCUGGAUCCUAACAGCGAAGGGAGAGGUGUUUUACAAUUCAAGACUGGUCUAAUGUCUGUCAUCAAGCAAAAGCUAGCAAAGAGAGAGGCCGGAAUCAUAGACAGAAGUCAGGAUAUUGCCCGCUUGCAAGAGUUUUACAGGCAUUUUAGAGAGAAGAACAGUGUUGAUAAGCUACGAGAGGAAGAAAUGAGGUUGAGGGAAUCUGGUAUUUUCACUGGAGAGUUGGAGCAGAAAACAGUGAAAAGGAAGAGAGUUUUUGCAACUCUAAAAGUUCUAGGGAUGGUAUUGGAGCAGCUGACCGAAGAAAUUCUGAAGAGGUUUGGUCUGAAACGGGUCAUUGAAUCAGAUGCAGCCAUGACUGAGGACCUAAUUGCUUACAACGUCAUUCCCUUGGAUGCUCCUACUAUAACAAAUGCUAUAGUGUCUUUUCCUGAGGUGCGAGCAGCAGUAUCAGCAUUAAAAUACCACCGAGGCCUACCAAAAUUACCUGUCGAUUUUCCUAUUCCUAGCACAAGAAAUGCUGAUAUGCUCGAUUUUCUGCAGUAUGUUUUUGGUUUUCAGAAAGACAAUGUGGCUAAUCAGCGUGAGCAUGUUGUUCUCCUUCUUUCAAAUGAGCAAUCUCGACUCGGUAUUCCUGAACAAACUGAACCUAAAUUGGUUGAGGCUGCUGUACAAAAUGUAUUCUUGAAGUCUUUGGAAAAUUAUAUUAAGUGGUGUAACUACCUAUGUAUUCAACCUGUUUGGAGCAAUUUGGAUGCUCUUGAGAAGGAAAAGAAAGUACUUUUUGUUUCCUUGUACUUUCUCAUAUGGGGUGAAGCUUCCAACAUCAGAUUUCUUCCAGAAUGCUUAUGUUACAUAUUUCACCAUAUGGUAAGAGAAAUGGAUGAAAUUUUAAGGCAGCAAAUUGCACAGCCGGCAAAUAGUUGCAUUUCAGAGAAUGGUGUCUCAUUCCUUGAUCAAGUUAUCGCUCCACUUUAUGAGGUGGUUGCUGCGGAAGCUGGAAACAAUGAUAAUGGUCGGGCACCUCAUUCUGCCUGGAGAAACUAUGAUGAUUUUAAUGAGUACUUUUGGUCUCUUCAUUGUUUUGAACUCAGUUGGCCAUGGCGCAGAAGUUCAUCUUUUUUCCAAAAACCAACAGCAAGGCCAAAGGUUUGCAACUAUUAACCACUGAUAUUUGCAUACUAUUUUCUGAAAUCAGAUUACUUUUGUUACUUACUGUU